AUGCCCAAAGGAAAGAAGGUCAAGGGGAAGAAGGUAUCCCCCCAGUCUCCCCUCCCCCACACCAUCGUCAAGAAGCAGGAGGCCAAGAAGUUCACCCAGACCCUGGACAGGCAAACAGCUACUCAGUUGCUUAAGCUUGCCCACAAUUACAGGCCAGAGACAAAGCAAGAGAAGAAACCACUGGCAAAGGGGACGUCCCACCUGUCCUCCGAGCAGGAGUCAAUCACAAUCACUACUUAUGUGGAGAACAAGAAGGCUCAGCCUGUGGUGAUUGCCCAAGAUGUAUACCCCAUUGAGCUGGUGGUUUUACUGCUUGCCCGCUGUCGAAAGAUGGGGGUGCCCUACUGCAUCAUCAAGGGAAAGGCCAGGCUGAGGCGCCUGGUUCACAGGAAGACAUGCACCACUGUUGCCUUCACACAGGUGAACUCAGAAGACAAGGGUGCUCUGGCUAUGCUAGUGGAAACUAUUAGGACUACAAUGACAGCUCGCCACCCCUGGGGAGGCAAUGACCUGGAUCUUAAGUCUGCGGCUCACAUUGCCAAGCUAGAAAAGGCAAAGGCUAAAAAUCUUGCCACUAAAUUGGGUUAA